AUGCAAGAAAAGAACUUGCCAAAAGAAGGAGAAAUUUUACCGUCUCUGAACGAUAAACGACCUGGAUCUGAAAAAGACUUGAAAUACUUAGAUACACCAAUUAAUUCAGAUCCCUUAAAAAAAACAAAAGCUGAAACUAGGUCGGGUACUGCAAAAACUAUUGAGUCUUUUGCUCCAAUCUUAGAGGCAUUUUCUCCAACUCCAUCACACAGUGAAAACACUUCUCUUAAAUUGGGAACUCCAGGAAGUCCCAGAAUAGAUACCCUGAAUGAAGAGGAAGCACUGACUAAUCUUUUGAAUGUUGGGCUACAAUUAAAUGAUAAAAAUCAACGCAGUUCACACAAUUCAGUUACUGAUCCAUCUAGUUCUGCAAAUUCAGUGAAUUUUUCAGAUAAUUUUGAUCGACCAGAUAUGAACUCAGGCUUAGGAAUCUCUUCAACAGCUUUCGAUUCACUACCACCAAGUAUAAUUAAAGAUGAAUCCCCAGUACCUCAUGCAAAAUCAACUUCACCAUCGACUUCGUCUUCUAGAAAGUCUUCUUUAUCUCAUCAUAAAGUUCAAUUACCGAGAGUAGGGAAGAUUGGUGUGUGUGCUAUGGACGCAAAAGUACUAUCAAAACCUUGUACACAAAUCCUGAAUAGACUGCAAGAAAAUGGCCAAUUCACAACUAUUAUUUUUGGUGAUAAAGUUAUUCUGGAUGAAAAGGUUGAGAAUUGGCCAACUUGUGAUUUUUUAAUUUCUUUUUUUUCCAAAGGAUUCCCACUAGAAAAAGCUAUUCGAUAUGUUAAUUUAAGAAAGCCAUUUAUGAUUAAUGACUUAGUAAUGCAAAAAGCAUUGUGGGAUAGAAGAUUAUGCUUACAGAUCUUACAAGCGGCAAAUAUUCCAACGCCGAGGAGGCUAAUGAUCAUACGAGAUGGUGGCCCAAAAGUUGACAAACAAUUGAAAGAAAAAUUAUCUAAAGCAGGCGUUGAAGUUGAUAAAAUGGUAGAAUCACGUUGGAAAAUGAUAGAUGAUGAUACUUUAGAAGUAGAUGGCCAUAUAAUGCGGAAGCCAUUUGUCGAGAAGCCUGUUGAUGGCGAAGAUCAUAAUAUUUUCAUUUAUUAUCACUCCAAAAAUGGUGGUGGGGGGAGACGCCUGUUCCGUAAAGUUGGUAACAAAUCAUCUGAAUUUGAUCCUUCCCUAAUAACUCCUCGAAGACAAGGCUCUUACAUUUAUGAGGAAUUCAUGGAUACAGAUAACUUAGAAGAUGUUAAAGCGUAUACAGUCGGUGAAGGUUUUUGCCAUGCUGAGACAAGAAAGUCUCCCGUCGUUGAUGGUAUUGUUAGACGAAAUAUUCAUGGGAAAGAAGUAAGAUAUAUCACUGAAUUAACCGACGAAGAGAAAGAGAUUGCAAGAAAAGUUUCAACUGCAUUUUCACAAAUGAUUUGCGGCUUUGAUUUAUUAAGAGUUAAAGGAAAAAGCUAUGUAAUUGAUGUCAAUGGCUUCUCUUUCGUAAAGGAUAAUACCUCAUACUAUGACUCUUGUGCACAAAUUUUAAGGGAUACUUUUAUUAAGGCAAAGAAAGAAAUUGAUAAGAAAAAACAAAUUUUGCCAAUUAUCAAAGAAGAAAAAAUGCAAAAUUGGGUAUUCAAAGGACUAGUUUCCAUUAUUCGUCACGCUGACAGAACUCCUAAGCAGAAAAUUAAAUAUUCUUUUACAACUCCAAUAUUUAUAGCUUUAUUAAAGGGACAUAAAGAAGAAGUAAUUAUUCGUGCACAAACCGAUAUGGAAAUCGUCCUACAAGCUCUUUCAUUUGCAAGAGAAGAGAAUAAAGAAGAUCCAGCUAAACUUAAAGUUCUUUAUACUGCUUUGAAAAAAAAAUUGACAUUCCGUGGUACUAAAAUCCAGCUGAAGCCCGUUAUAAAUAAAGAUAACGAAGUAGAGAAAGUUCAAUUUAUCCUUAAAUGGGGUGGUGAACCAACCCAUUCUGCACCAUAUCAAGCACAAGAUUUAGGUGAAGAAAUGAGACAGUAUUUCGAUUUAUUAAAUAAGGAUACUCUGCAAGAUGUUACAAUAUAUUCUUCUUCAGAAAGAAGAGUUGUUCUUACUGCUCAGACAUGGGCUAAUGCUUUGUUUGGAGAAGAUGAAAUAUCCAGCGAUGUUAUUAAUAUUAGAAAGGAUUUACUAGAUGAUAGCAAUGCUGCGAAGGAAUUAAUGGAUAAAGUUAAAAAAAGGUUAAAACCUUUAUUAAGACAACAUAAAAAACCUUCACGAAAUUUUUCUUGGCCUCCAGAAAUGCCUGAACCAUACACUGUUGUUAAAAGAGUUGUAGAAUUAAUGAAUUUUCACAAAAAGGUUUUACGGUAUAAUUUUGCUAAUGAGGAUAUUGAAAACAUUCAAGCUAGAUGGUGCUGUGGAGAAGAUCCUGCAUUAUUCAAAGAAAGAUGGGAGAAAUUGUUUAAGGAAUUUACAAGUGUAGAGAAAUUAGACCCUUCUAAAAUAUCAGAAUUAUAUGAUUCUAUGAAAUAUGAUGCUUUACAUAAUAGAGAAUUUUUACAACUAGUCUUCAAUCCAAACAAUUGUCAAGACGUAAAAGAAGAAAUAGAAAAGCAUGCAUCUUUAGUAGAUAGAUACCCAAUCAAUAUAUUAGCCAUGAAUAAUUUUAAAAUCUCGAAUAAUUUAAAGACUGAUGACGCCGAUGCUCAAAAUACUAGCAGUGUUGGAUCAUUGGGAUGGUCACUUGAAGGUAAAACAAUGAAAAACCCAAAUGCUAUCCCUGAUUCUCCCUUUAAUGAUCCAUCAUUUAUUCAAUUCAGAGAAUUAUUUAAACUAACCAAAGUUCUAUUUGAUUUUAUAAGCCCUCAGGAGUAUGGUAUUGAAGAUACGGAAAAGCUAGAUAUUGGUUUAUUAACAUCAUUACCAUUAGCAAAGCAAAUUUUAAAUGACCUAAAAGAUUUAAAAGAGAAAACAUCGCCAGGAUGUGUUGCAUAUUUUACAAAAGAGUCACAUAUUUAUACCCUUUUAAACAUUAUUUAUGAGUCUGGAAUUCCAAUGAAAAUCGUACGGAGCGCCCUACCAGAAUUCGAUUAUUUAUCACAAAUAAAUUUUGAAUUAUACGAAAGUACUGACCCUAUGGGCCAUAAAACCCAUGCUAUUAGACUAAAAAUGUCACCAGGUUGCCAUACUCAAGAUCCCUUAGAUGUUCAGAUUGAUGAAAAGCAUUAUAUAAGUUGCAUUCCAAAAAUAUCAUUAACAAAACAUUUAGACAUGGAUUAUUGCCAGCAGAAAUUAAGAAAUAAAUUUCCAAGGGUUAACUUACCACCUAAAUUUAUUCCUGUUAGUAUUACAAAUCCCAAUUUAAUAUUUAAAAAAGAAAUUCAAGCGAAAAUGGAAAAAGAGGAAAAAUGCAUUUACCUUCAUUAUCAGAAGAGGAAGAUCUCUCUGUAA